AUGCGCGCGAGGCUGUGUAGGCAUAGCCUCGAGAGUGCCAGCAGCCAGUCGCCGAGGCAGUUUGUGACGGGCAUUGCGUCAGAAGCGUGCACGCGCUGGAAGGACACCUUCCUACUGGCCGCCGCACGCCUCGUGGAGGUGCAAGGGGAGGGCGACUCGCGCGAGAGCCUGUCGGACCUCUCCUCGGGAGUGCUGACUCUCGUCGACCUCGCCGGCUCCGAGGCGGCGACGCUCAACCGGGAGCGCCAGCGCGUGAGCGAGGGAAUCGCCAUCAACAAGUCGCUGCACUGGCUCAAGGCGGUGGUGCACGCCCUCGCCGCCCACAAGCCGGUGCUGCACUUUCGCAACUCUGCAAUCACGCGGCUGCUGCAGCCGUCCCUAGCCGGGCAGGCGGUCGUGGCGGUGCUCGUGACGGUGCCUUUGCAGCCCGGCGACGCCGCGGGGCGCGACGCCCUCGACGCCCUGAUGUUUGGCGAGGAGGCGGGCAAGCUGCGCCUGGCGCCGUCCAAGAAUAACCACGUGGCGCCGUCGGGCCAGGUGGGCAAGCUGCAGGCGCUGCUGGUGCAGCUGGCGGACGACAAGGCCGCGCUGGCCUCGGACGCCGAGUCCCUGCGCGAGCAGGUGCAGUCGUACCAGGCGUUGGUCGACGACCUCCGCGGCGGGCUGGUCACAGCGGCCUCCCUCCAGGCGGCGGGCGAGCGCCGGGCGGCCGAGCUCGCGACGGCGCUGCGGCGCUCCGCCGUCCUCGAAUCGCAGCUCGGCGAGGCACAGGCGGCGCGGGAGGCGGUCGAGGCGGCGUUGCAUGCGGUCGAGAGCGAGGCGGGGGCCGUCGCGGCGCGGAACGCGCAGCUCGAGGGCGCCGUCGCCGACGCGAUUGACGGCCGGCGCGCGCUCGAGGCCCGGCUUGGCGACGUGCGGGAGGCGCUGGCCGAAGCGCGGGCGCAGGCUGCCGAUCGGGAGGCGGCGCUGGCCGGGGAGCGCGAGGCGCAGGCGGCGCUGCGCGCGCAGGUGGAGGCGCUGGAGGCGAGGAGCGCAAAGGUGGAGGCGGCGGCGGAGGCGACGCAGUGGCACGCGGACGAGCUGGCGCGGAGAAACGCGGCCGCGCAGCGCGCGCUCGAGACGGUGCGGGAGGAGUCGGAGGGGCUCAAGCGCGAGAAGGAGUCGCUAGCGAGCGUCGCGCGGGCCAAGGGAGAGCUGCUCAUCCUCAAGUCGAAGCUGUACCGAUCGCGCUCCCUCGUGACGCGGCCAUGGAGCGCGGGCCCUGCGGGGGGGGGCGGAUGUACUGUAGGGCCGGACCCGCGGGUGGAGCAUGGAGUGGGAACGCCGGAGUGA